UUCCUGUAUGACUGAAGCGAAAGUCAUCAUAUGGUGCGGAAUUUUUAUCGACAGGUAGAUCCUCACUGAUUUAUCGGUUGACUGUGAUACAAAGUGGACUUUUAUAAGAUUGCACAGCAAGAACUAGGCAUGACUACAGAGUCUGACUCUCCAGGAGAGUGAGUGUGAAUGGAGUGACACGAGUGGACGGGCCUGACGAGUCAUGGACAGCCAAUGCGGUAGCAGUGUGGGUUCCCGGGCCACUAUAGGGGGUGUGGGCAACAUUAACUCAACACACGUUUCUGCCCGUAUCGAGUCCUAUGAAGGAGGCGAGAAAAAGUGCAUCUCUGAUGUCCGAAGAACCUUUUGCUUGUUUGUGACCUUUGACCUUUUGUUCGUCACCUUGCUGUGGAUCAUUGAGCUCAAUGUCAAUGGAGGGAUACAAGAGCAGCUGAAACAAGAGGUGUUGCAGUAUGAUUACCACAAAUCUUUUUUUGACAUAUUUCUUUUGGCUGUGUUCCGCUUUGCAGCUUUGAUUCUGGCUUAUGCAGUGUGUAAAGUGAGGCAUUGGUGGGCCAUUGCGAUAACUACAGCAGUCACCACUGGUUUCUUAAUAGUGAAAGUAAUAGUAUCAAAGCUUCUAUCACAGGGAGCGUUUGGGUAUUUGUUACCCAUUGUCUCCUUCAUUCUGGCAUGGAUAGAGACGUGGCUGCUGGACUUCAAAGUCCUGCCCCAGGAGGCCGGUGAUGAAUUCAGGUAUCUUUCAGCGCAGAAUGCGCAAGAUCGAGAACCUCUUUUAUACCCUGGACCCGUUCAAGAUGGCCAGUUCUACUCGCCUCCGGAGUCCAUGGCAGACUCUGAUGAAGACCUUGAUGAUAAACAUAAUCUUGAGAAGCCCAUCGUCUAGCAGGAGCUCUGACAAACACUGACUUUCAGAGUACAACAGCCUCUUCCAGCGUCGCUCGUCCUCGAGCCGUGUGUCUUAACAUGGGUUUUUGUACACGGGUGACCCGAACCAGAACGUCACUCUGCCUUAGAUCCACCAUCGCCAUGUCUCUAUUUGCCCACACAAACUCUUAGUGCAAUCAUUUUUUGAGUCUUAAUUUUUUUCCACUCAACUAUAGCAGUACUUCUUGAAAAAAUGAAGGAUUUUAAUGUGUAUUCUGAACUUAAUCAUCAAAUAUCAGUGUUGAACUUGACAUUUAGUUUGUUUUCAAAUGCUUCAGUGUAAAAAAAAAAAUGCCACAAGCUCUGUGUGUAUUAACACUGUUAUGCUUCUGAUCUCAUAUACAUCACUGGACCUAAAUGUGAAUAGCAGUAUAGUCUCAGGUCUGCACUGCCACUUACCAGUGUGUGUUCUUUUUGGUUUUUUAUGCUUUUUCUACCAGUUUUUGGAAUGAGAGGUUUGAUUUACUUGCAAAAUAAAGAACUUGUUUAAUUUAGCAUGAAACACACUUAAACAAAGAAAUGUAUGACUUAAAGUGAUGCAUGGAUGUGUAAUGCAUUUUUAUGUUUGUUGUGGCUCCUCUUCAGUAAGCAUUCCUAAAUCAUCUUAGGUGAAAGAUAUCUACUUCCUGUUGAGUUUACUUGUACCGUGCUUACUGAAUAAGGGCUUAUGUACCUGGUGCAGGUCUGGGACCUACAGUUUUGGUUAAAUAAUUUGAAAAUCUCCAUACAGUAUGCAUCUAUCACGAAGCCUCAAGUGUGCAGGAUGGUGGCAGAUUGUAUUCUUUCGUUAUGCAUUAAAACAAUUACUGUUUUUAUUAAA